GUGGCGGCGAUGUUGACGUACUUGUCGUUCGUGCGACGAAAGUCGCGAACGAUGGUGACGUUGAACGACAUCAACGAGGACACCCUGCAACUCAUUUUGCGGCGAAUCGAAGCGCCGUCGCCGAAAGAGUUACUCGCGCUUUCGCUCGUCAACAAACGGUUUCGCGCGGCGAUCCGAAGCCCUACUGUGUGGCAUACGCUCGAUCUCAGCCGACAUGCGGCGACGAUGACGAACAAAGUGUUGUACGGGAUAGUCAAGGACGACAACGCGUUCGCGUCCAUCGAAGUGCUGAACUUGAGCGGGUGUUCGCAACUCACGGAUCUUUCAGUGUUGAAGGUGUUGAACAAGUGCCAUCACACCAUUCGAGAGAUCGAUUUGAGUGGAUGCGAACUCUUGACGCUCGAAACCGCGGAGUACAUCGGCUUCCACUGCCACGAGCUCGAGCGACUCGACCUCACGGGCUGCAAGCGCGUGCCGACGACGUUUUUGUUUCAGAACCUUCCCAUCAUGCAGUUGAACCUCAAAGACUUGCGCGUCAAAGGGACGAAGCAUCUCAACGGGCGCGUUGACGAAGUCGACUUUGAAGAUCUCGUGGACGCCAUCGCGAAAUACGUUCGUUGGCUUCAAUCGUUCGAUGGGACAGUCUUUGACAAGGGUGACGUCCGAGACGUGAUGGAGCUCGUCCACGUGUGCGAGGAGCACCUCGAGUUUUGGCGAAGUGGGAAUGCGGUCGCGAUCUGUGAUCACGCGAGUGAAUUACAAAACAAUGAUCCAACGAGCACGCCCAUGUGUACCAUCUUUCCGGAGUGCGGUCACGUCAUGUGCGUCGAGUGCUCGGCCGUGGAGCGCCGAAACAUGAUGCGCGAGGGCGGACGUUACGUCUACCCGUGCUCACAUUGCGCGCACCCAGUGCGUUUCAUGCCCGCGCCGGGCGGAUUUGAAAUUGUCGUUCACUCGCCCGAAGACUUCAAAAAGCUGCUCGCCGAACGGCGACGUUUGGGUGGUCCGCCUUGA